AUGGCUCAGCCAUCCACAAGUGCUUUGGAGCAACCUCUGAGUGACUCUUUUCGUCACCUUGGUUCAAUCACCAAGCUUCGGAGCGAGUGGGAGUUUAUCAAAUGGUCCCGUGAAUUGAACGACGCUUUCGAUCUGAUCAAUGGUAACUUCUGGGAAAUUCUUUGUGGGGACCGGCCCAUGCCAGCCGAGCCCGAGUACGCCGUGACCUCCAGCGAGGAUGUUCGCCGCUACAUUGCUGAUCGAGACCGAAUCCCGGUCAAGAGAGUGACGCAGGAAGAACUCAAAUCAACUAUCCAGGACCAUAUCCGGGAGAACGUGCGAAUCCGCGAAAGAUACGAGUCAACUAUGGAACUCUGGAAGGAUCAAAACUGGCGAGCCCUCUCACUGCUGAAGUCCACAAUUGACUGCAAGCCGCAGCAAUGCAUAUCCGGAAUCUGGAGAGUCCGCGAAGCCUACCUUAAGCUUCUAUCUAAUUACGGCUCUAGCUGGCAGAAUGCCGUUCUGAAAUGGUCCAAGUGGACCGCGGUUCGAUUCGAACAGGAUAUGACUCCUAAGUACUUCGUGAUGACCUUCCACAAUGCUCUCCAAGAGCUUCUCCUGGUUAUUGACCCGGCCAUCGUUCCAUCAAUUGUCCAGUACAUACAAUUUGUCGACUCUAUGCGUUACCAUGGACGUGCCCAUAAAUUUCUCGCAACUGUGAGGCCAGAUGGCGAUCCCGCCAAUCUGAUGAAGACCACAUAUGAACAUUUCCUUGCUUGUGGGCCAUACAAGCCAUAG